AUGGCUGCUGAUGAUUUCUUCGAGGGUCAGGGCCGUACUGAUGGUGCUCUCACUCCCUGGUAUACCGAGGAGGAUAAGAUUAACUUCCUUCAUCGUCUCCAUGAUGCUGGUGUCCGCAACAUCGAGAUGGAGAGUGUCGCUCUUAUGGGUUUCUGCCAGCGAGCCAAGAUCCCCGCUGCUUGCGUAUGUGUGACCUUGGUUAACAGGUUGGAAGGUGAUCAGAUUACCUCUACUAAGAGGCAACUCGCCAAGUACAACGAGUACUCCAUUCGUGUGGUCAGCAACUUCAUUGCCACCACUCAGGCUAGGACUGCUCAUUAA